AUGGCGUUCCUCGCAUCUACGCCUCUCCUUCUUGCGAUCGGCACUGUGAUCAUCUAUACACUCGGUCGCUUCCUCUUGCGCAAGAGCAGCCAUGACCUUCCACUCCCCCCAGGACCCAAAGGCGUUCCCCUCCUUGGCAACAUCAACGACUUACCCAAACCGGGAAUCCUAGAGUGCCAUCAUUGGCUCAAGCACAAGGAUCUCUACGGCCCUAUCAGCUCAAUCAAGGUUCUUGGUCAAACGUUUGUCAUCAUAAACGAUGCGGAUACGACGGUAGAGCUGCUGAGCAACAGGGCGGCGAUGUAUUCGGGCAGACCACACAUGGUGUUCAGCGGUGACAUGAUCGGAUGGACAAAUACACUGGCGAUGCAUCAACCUAAUCAGACAUUCAAACAUCAUCGGCGUAAUAUUGCGAAAGUAGCCAGUGCCAGCACUUCACUUGCGAUGUUUGAUCGCGUCCAAAACGAAGAAGCCGCUCACUUCCUUCUCAACGUGCUGGAAUCUCCUGAUGAUUUGUUCGAGCAUAUUAGGAAGGAAGCAGGUGCUGUCAUCUUGAGAAUCACGUAUGGCUAUACGCCGAACGCUCAAGGACGGGAUCCACUGGUAGAUAUGGCAGGUCAAACGAUGGCCGACUUCGCAGACUCAAGUGUACCGGGGAAAUGGCCUGUCGACGUCUUCCCGUUUCUCCGAUUCCUCCCAGAUUGGUGUCCAGGUACCGGUUUCAAGCGCACAGCUCGUCAGAUGGCGGAGCAAUUGAUUCGCACGGCUGAGGAGCCUUAUGCUUUCGUCAAAUCGCAAAUGCAAAGCAAGAAAGCGAAGACCUCUUUCCUCUCCCAAGCUAUCGAGUCUCUCGGAUCAGACGCGUCCAUGGAGCAUAUCCACAAAUGGUCUGCUGCAUCCAUGUACUUGGGCGGCGCUGAUACCACCGUUUCCUCGCUGAUGACAUUCUUUCUGGCCAUGUCUGUGUUCCCAGAAGUCCAGAAGAAAGCCCAAGAAGAGCUGGACCGUGUGAUCGGCGGAGAAAGACUACCAGUCACUAGCGACAAGGCGAGCUUACCGUAUAUCGAGGCUGUAAUGAAGGAAACGCACCGAUGGCAUCCUGUCGCACCGAUGGCGCUGCCUCACUGCUGUACACAGGAGGACAGCAUCAAAGGCUACAGGAUACCCAAAGGAGCAAUGAUCUUGCCUAACAACUGGUGGUUUACACACGACCCAGCCGUCUAUCCUGACCCGAUGACUUUCCGCCCAGAACGCUACAUCACUACGCCUACCCAUACCGCGGAGCCUGACCCCCGCACAUGGACAUUCGGCUAUGGACGUCGUGUAUGCCCUGGUCGAUAUGUCGCUGACAACGCUCUCUUUACGACCAUUGCGCAGUCACUGGCUGUCUUUAAUGUCGAGAAACCGGUUAAAAAUGGAAAAACAGUGGAACCUAAGAUCGAAUUUGAGCCCGGUGUUGUGAGCCAUCCGAAGCCUUAUUGCGUGAGCAUCAAGGCUAGGAGUGAAAAGUGCAGGGAGUUGGUUAAAAAGGCGGAGGAGGUGUAUCCGUGGGGGGAGAGUGAUGCUGAGGCCUUGAGAAAUCUGAGGUAG